CUUUUUUCUCUAUAAAAACCAUGUCUUGCUAGCUGUUAAAAGAGGGGUCGAGAGAAGAAGGCACCUUUUUCUUACGGUCUUGUUUAAGUCCCUUUCCUACUAAUCAUCAACCUCUCCAAUCUGCAGCCAUGGAGGCAAUGCUGAGAUCUUUCAUAGCUCUUAUGCUCUUUACUCUCAUGCUUUCCCACAUUCCAGCGGAGGUCUCGGCCACAACCAUGACCCUUUACAACAAGUGCACACAUCCAGUUUGGCCAGGCAUCCAACCAGGCGCAGGCAAGCCCAUCUUAGCCCGUGGUGGCUUCAAGCUCCAACCAAACAAGGCCUACUCUCUCCACCUCCCUGCUCUCUGGUCCGGCCGCUUAUGGGGCCGCCACGGCUGCACCUUCGACGCAUCUGGCCGCGGCCUCUGCGCCACUGGUGAUUGUGGUGGUUCACUCUUCUGCAACGGUCUAGGUGGAGCCCCACCAGCCACACUAGCAGAAAUAACUCUUGGAAGCGAACAAGACUUCUAUGAUGUAAGCCUUGUUGAUGGUUACAACUUGGCCAUUUCUAUCACACCCAUUAAAGGAUCAGGCAAAUGCAGCUACGCUGGGUGUGUUAGCGACCUCAACAUGAUGUGCCCAGUUGGGCUUCAAGUUCGGUCCCAUGAUAAUAGAAGAGUUGUGGCUUGUAAGAGUGCUUGCUUUGCGUUUAAUUCUCCGAGGUAUUGUUGUACUGGGAGCUUUGGAAGUCCUCAGGCUUGUAAACCCACAGCAUACUCUAGGAUUUUCAAGGCUGCUUGUCCUAAGGCUUACUCUUAUGCUUAUGAUGAUCCUACUAGCAUUUCUACUUGCACUGGUGGCAACUAUUUGGUCACAUUCUGCCCUCACCACCGUUGAUUAAUCAGAUCAGAUGCUUAUAGUUAAUUGCUGAUAUAGUAAUAUGCUAGUUCGUUUUGUUAUUGGUGUUUGUGUUGGUUAGUUUAUGUGUGUUGUAGCUAAUUUGGAAUAGUGGAAACUUAUAUUAUUAUUGGUUCUGCUCUCUGUUUACUUGCA